GAGACACACACACACACACAGACACACACAGACACACACAGAGACACACGCACACACACACACAUACCCAGACAAACACACAUACAUACACAGUAACACACGGUAACACACACUCUCACUCACACACACACACACACACUCUCCCUCUUCUCUGGGUCAAAGGGUGUCUUCAGAGCUGCUCUCUGUGAUUGGGUGAUUGGUGGAUGAUGUCAUUGUGGGCGUUACAGGAACAGUUCUGUUCCUGACUGACAGGUCGCCCGACCAAUCAGAGACUCGAACUGCUGAUUCAGGCUCCGCCCCCUCUGACGUCAUGUGAGAAAGUUCAAAAUCAGUACGCUCACCUGGAGAUCCUUUUCAUUUCUACCUGCCACACACAUAGACACACUCUGUAACACACACACAUACACUGAAACACACACACUGUAACACACACACACUGAAACACACACACUGUAACACACACACUGUUGAUGAUGUCACAGACUCAACACACACUUACUCAGAAUCCUCUGGAGAAGACCUGGGUGCCAUGGAUGAAAAGCAGGAUGAGCCAGCGCAGAGGCUCGUCGGUGCCUCAGUUCACGAACUCGCCGACGAUGAUCGUGAUGGUCGGCCUGCCGGCGAGAGGAAAGACGUACAUCUCCAAGAAGCUAACGCGCUACCUGAACUGGAUCGGAGUCACCACCAAAGUGUUUAAUGUGGGUCAGUACCGGAGAGAUGCGACUCGUUCCUACAACAGCUUCGAGUUCUUCAGACCCGACAACGCGGAGGCGAUGAAGAUCCGCAGGAGCUGUGCCGUGGCCGCCAUGAAGGACGUGUGUGAUUACUUCAGCUUGCAGCAGGGCCAGGUGGUGGUUUUUGAUGCGACCAACACGACUCCAGACCGCAGACUGCUCAUCCUCAACUUCGCCAAAGAGAACGGCUAUAAGGUUUUCUUCGUGGAGUCAGUUUGUGAUGAUCCAGAAAUCAUUGCUGAGAAUAUUAAACAGGUGAAGCUGAGCAGUCCGGACUACGCCGACUGUGACAAAGAGGAAGCGGUGGCAGACUUCCUGAAGAGGAUCGACUGUUACAAGCUGACUUACGUCCCGCUGGACGACAACAAGGACAGGAACCUGUCUUACAUCAAGAUCUUCAACGUGGGCAGCAGGUAUCUGGUGAACCGGGUCCAGGACCACAUUCAGAGCAGGAUCGUGUACUACCUCAUGAACAUCCACGUCACCCCCCGGUCCAUCUACCUGUCCCGCCACGGAGAGAGCGAGCUCAACCUGGUGGGUCGCAUCGGAGGAGACUCUGGGCUGUCGUCCCGCGGGGCAAAGUUUGCCAGCGCUCUGGGUGCGUACAUGCGGGGACAGUCCAUCACAGACCUGAAGGUUUGGACCAGCCACAUGAAGAGGACCAUCCAGACCGCCGAGGCUCUGGGAGUCCAGUACGAACAGUGGAAGGCUCUCAAUGAGAUCGAUGCUGGCGUUUGUGAGGAAAUGACGUACGAAGAGAUUCAGCAGAACUUCCCAGAAGAGUUCGCACUGAGGGACCAAAACAAGUAUCGCUACCGCUACCCGAAAGGAGAGUCUUACGAGGACCUGGUCCAGCGUCUGGAGCCGGUCAUCAUGGAGCUGGAGCGGCAGGAGAACGUGUUGGUCAUCUGUCACCAGGCUGUGAUGAGAUGUCUGCUCGCCUACUUCCUGGAUAAGAGCGCAGGCGAGCUGCCGUACCUCAAGUGUCCCCUGCACACCGUCCUGAAGCUCACCCCCGUCGCCUACGGUUGUAAAGUGGAGACUGUCUUCCUGAACAUUGAAGCUGUGAACACACACAGAGACAAACCAGAGAACGUGGACGUGGAUCGGGACCCGGAGGAAGCCUUGGAGACGGUUCCAGAUCACAGCUGAAACUCAACGAGCUUCAUCCAACUUUUUAAUCCUUUAAUCAUCGUAAUCUUUAAUGUGAACCCGUCACAUGACCACAGUCACUGUUAGCCUUCCACAUCAACUUCCUCCACUUCAUCACCUCCCUGUGUGCUCCUCCUCCUCCUCUUCAUCACCUCCCUGUGUGCUCCUGCUGUUGGGGGGGGGGGGGGGGGGCGGUGGUGCUAGACAUCCAUCCAGUUUUAGGGAGUCCCUCCUCCUGACCAAUGGGGGACUCUCGAUGGCCGCUGAGGGUCAUGUGACUGACGGGUAGCAGCUACGUCAGGUGGCUCACCUGUCAGGAGAUAGUCCCGCCUUCAUGCUAAGCUAACGGCUAACGCUCACAUGACCUGAACUUCAGCUGCCAACACCAUCACGUGCCUCACACACACACACACAGUAACACACACACACACACACACACACACACAGUAACACACACACACACACACACACAGUAACACACAAUAACAUACACAGUAACACACACACACACACAGUAACACACAGUAACACACAAUAACACACACAGUAACACACACACACACAGUAACACACACACACACACACAGUAACACACACUCAAGUUGGACUUUACAAACAUUUCCAGCUAAUCGAUCAAUGCAGAAAAUAAUCAGUAUAUUAAUCAAUAAUGAAAGUAAUAAUUAGCAGCUGUAGUUUCCUCAGGUUUAAAUAUGAAGAUUCAUCAAUGAACCUGUCACAUAUAAUAUAUCAAUAGAUCAAUCAAUCAGUCAGUCAAUCAGUCAGUCAGUCAGUCAAUCAAUCAAUCAUUCAGUCAAUCAGUCAGUCAAUCAGUCAGUCAAUCAGUCAGUCAAUCAGUCAGUCAGUCAGUCAGUCAAUCAGUCAGUCAGUCAAUCAAUCAAUCAUUCAGUCAAUCAGUCAGUCAAUCAGUCAGUCAGUCAGUCAAUCAUUCAGUCAAUCAGUCAGUCAGUCAAUCAGUCAGUCAGUCAGUCAAUCAGUCAGUCAAUCAGUCAAUCAAUCAUUCAGUCAAUCAGUCAGUCAAUCAGUCAGUCAGUCAAUCAUUCAGUCAAUCAGUCAGUCAGUCAAUCAGUCAGUCAGUCAGUCAAUCAGUCAGUCAAUCAGUCAGUCAGUCAAUCAGUCAGUCAGUCAAUCAGUCAGUCAGUCAGUCAAUCAAUCAGUCAGUCAGUCAAUCAGUCAGUCAAUCAGUCAGUCAAUCAGUCAGUCAGUCAAUCAGUCAGUCAGUCAGUCAAUCAAUCAGUCAGUCAGUCAAUCAAUCAGUCAGUCAGUCAAUCAGUCAGUCAGUCAGUCAAUCAAUCAGUCAAUCAGUCACUGUGUGAUGUUAAGGUGGAACUGUUACUGUGAUGUUAAGGUGGAACUGUUACUGUGAUGUUAAGGUGGAACUGUUACUGUGAUGUUAAGGUGGAACUGUUACUGUGUGAUGUUAAGGUGGAACUGUUACUGUGUGAUGUUAAGGUGGAACUGUUACUGUGACGUUAAUGUGGAACUGUUGCUGUGAUGUUAAGGUGGAACUGUUACUGUGAAUGUUAAGGUGGAACUGUUACUGUGACGUUAAGGUGGAACUGUUAUUGUGAUGUUAAGGUGGAACUGUUGCUGUGAAUCUAUCAGUACUGUAGAGAUGCACCGAUCUGAUAUUAAUAUCAGAUAUCAGCCUGAUAUAGACUCUAACUGCUAGAUCAGGUAUCUGAUAACAUCCUGAACAGUGAUAUCAGAUCCGGGUCGGAGCGUCUCUGCUGGGCUCAGUGAAAGAAAUGAAGAACAAACAUCAUUUAUGUUAAAUCAAUUAUAAAAGAUUUUAUUUUCUGAACAAUAAAACAAAUGAAACCUGA